AUGGACGCUACGGGGAGAGGAUUGGCGCCGCUGCAAGAGAUCCCUCCGCUGGUAAUGGACGCUGCGGGGAGAGGAUCGGCGCCGCUGCAAGAGAGCGACCUCGACUGCAAGACCGACGCUGCCUCGACCUCUGCCCAGGACGGUGGGAGGCGAUCUGACAUCGUCGCUCACAAGAAGUUUUGGAGAGUGCAUUUUGGCAUUCCUAUUAUUGCAGUGCCUGUGCAUCUUGACCAGCCUAUCAAUGCCAGAUUUGUUGAAGAUAUUGGUGUUGGUGUGGAGGUGGUGAGGGACUCAACGGGACAGCUUCACAGAGAGAGAGAGAGAGAGUAG